AUGGCCGCUAGCUUGCGUCAGGUUCCGGCAGUUCUUGCCAGACGCCAGCCUCGAGUGAUUGGCACCACCAAACGCCUGGCAUCCUCGUCCUCCAUCCAAACCCAGAACCCCGCCUAUCCGCUCUACCCAUCGGUCAUCCAACUCCUCCACGAAAAGGGCAUCCCGGAAUCCGACGUCUCCAAGAUCCCCGCCUCCGGCCCCAAGGGCCGUCUCCUGAAGGGUGACGUCCUCGCCUACCUGGGCACCAUCGCCUCCGACUACCCGGCGACCCAAGCCGCGCGGAUCGCAAAGCUCGCCCACCUCGACCUCAGCAACAUCAAGAUCGCCGCCCCCGCCGAAAAGCCCAAGGCGGCCCCCGCCGUCGAGGAAGCCCCCGUCGCCAGACCCCCUCCCACCACCUCGGUCGCCGUCUCGAUCUCCCUGGCCGCCGUUCUGUCCGCGCAGAAGAAGCUCCAGGACUCGUUGGGCGUCAGCGUCCCGCUGUCCACGUUCCUGGCCCGCGCCGCGGACCUGGCCAACGACGACCUGCCGCGGUCCCCGCGCGCGAAGCCCUCCGCCAACGAGCUCUUUGACGAGCUCCUGGGUGGCGAGCCCAUCACCACCUCCCGGGGUGACUUCGUGCCCGAGUUGAAUGCCGUCGCGGCGCCGGUGGAGACCCGCUCGGCGAAGCCGGUCCAGGAGGAUAUCAUUGACAUUCUGAGCGGAAAGGUGUCCAAGACUGUUGCGCGACGAGCGUCUGCGGCAGAGUCGGCUUCGACCGAGCAGGCCGCGAACGUUUUCAGCCUGACGAUCCCUGUGGGUGAGGAGAAGCGGGCUCAGACUUUCUUGGACCGUGUCAAGACCCUCUUGACGGUUGAGCCUGGACGGUUGGUUCUAUAG